AUGUCUGCUUCACCCACUUCGGCAGUUUUGCCUUCCUCCAAGCGUCCACUCGAGGAUCCUUCUUCGCCAUCUGGACCCACUGACCUGCCCGACGCCAAACGCCCCGCACUUGACAAGAUAGUCAAGGAAGACGACCAUGAAAAAGGCACUAUCGAGGAACCUGCUGGCAGUGCUGUAAAGGAAGAAGACGUCAAAAUCAAGAACGAAACGGCUGCCACUACGAAUGGCGCGAAAGACGUUCAUGGCGACACCGUUGUGCUCGACGCACCAGAGGGUGCAUCUCACAUUCCCACCAUCGACACGCAGCCCAUACAGUCAACCGCUUCGCAUUCUGAGCGAGCCACCUCCCACCCGCCGCCAGGAAUGCCUCCUCAGGACGAAACUAACUGGAUCCAUGUCCGAGCCGUCAUAUCGAGCGCAGAAGCUGCGACUUGCAUUGGUAAGGGAGGAGAGAAUGUGUCGAUGAUUCGCCGUCUCUCCAAUGCCAAAUGUACAGUCAGCGACUACGCAAGAGGCGCAGUGGAGAGAAUCUUGACCGUGAGCGGUCAGCAAGAUGCUGUAGCUAAGGCAUUCGGUCUCAUCAUCAGGACCUUGAACAACGAACCUCUCGAAGCACCUUCGACAGCUCAGUCAAAGACCUAUCCUCUGCGUCUGCUGGUACCCCACAUCCUCAUCGGAUCUAUCAUUGGCAAGUCGGGAGUCCGCAUCCGUGAGAUUCAAGAAGCAUCAGGUGCUCGACUGAACGCCUCUGACUCGUGUCUUCCGCUCUCCACGGAGAGAUCUCUUAUCAUCCUCGGCGUUGCGGACGCUGUACAUAUUGCGACUUACUACGUUGCUGUGACGUUAGUAGAGCAGCUGACCGAACGCUUUGGCGGACCGGCAGCAUCGGCAUAUGCCACUCGAAGCGGCGGCCCAGCUGGUGUGGUUCCGGGAGGUAUGCAGGUGGUUCCGUACGUUCCUCAGCCCGCAGGUGGUCAGUAUGGCCAUCCAGACACCUACAAACGCCAUCACCAACCGCAACCUGGUCGUACGCCUGGCCCUGGUUAUGGUCCACCACAAAUGCAUGCGCCACAACAACCAUAUCCUCAGCAGCCCGGAGCAGCGGCCAUUCACUAUGGUAAUUCUCCGCGUCAAGGAUACACCGGCGCUGGCCCACAUCAACCGGCCCCCUAUCCACAGCAACAUGUGCAAACAGCGCCCCAUGGGCAACCUGCUCAGCCAAUCGCAGGUGCUGCCUUGCCUGGUCAGCCACUAACACAACAGAUCUUUAUCCCGAACGAUAUGGUUGGGGCUAUUAUCGGCAAAGGCGGCGCCAAGAUCAACGAGAUCCGCCAUUUGAGCGGUAGUGUGAUCAAGAUCAACGAGCCACAGGACAACAGCAAUGAGCGUUUGGUGACGAUCACAGGGACGCAGGAAUGCAACCAGAUGGCUCUGUACAUGCUGUACGCAAGACUCGGUACGUCCAAUGCCACCCAGUGA